ACCGCCGACUGUCAGCCGACCCGCCGCAGCCGUCAAAGUCGCAAACGCAAAGUGCAAAUCAGAAAAAAUUCAACUCACGCCGCCAUUUUUCGGUUGACAUCGAACAAUAUUUUAGUAUUAGUGACUAUAAGUGCUAAAAGUUAAGUGGUGCAAUUGUAUUUACAACCAAAAAUGGAUUUAAAAAAGCUAAAAUCCGCAAGGGGCUUCGUAAAAGAUGGUUAUACGUCUCGGGCAUAUCAACUCGAGCGGGACCUGGACGCCGAACCCAGCCUGGAGGAUUUGCUCUGCUAUCUGGAAAAAAGGGCUCUGGCGCUGGAGGGCACCGACCAGAGUCACCACCAACCACCCCAAGCAAGAUGGUCGAACUACGGGAAGGUAGCAGCACAUGCAGCCGCAGCUGACAAGCCGCCAACCUGCUUAAAUUGUGCUACUGCCGGAGAAGAGCAGUGUGACUCCUGCCAACAACAGCGGGAAGCAGUCGCCAGCUCAGAAUGAUCUGCACAUCUUUAACACACACUUCGGCCACAUCAUCGGAGGGAGUCUGCCGACAGGUUCCAUUAAGGGUCAAAUAUUAUGUAAUAAGGUAGUGCUAAAAUGUGAAAUGGAUCUCAAUGAAACACUAGGCCAAUUUUGGACAAAUGAAAAAGUACCUGAAAUAUUUUCAGAGAAGUCUCCAGAACAUGAGCUCUGUGAGCAAAUAUUCCAAAAUUCAGUAGAACUCAAAGAUAAACAGUUUCAAGUUCCAUUGCCCUUGAAAUUACCUCUGUCUGAAGUAAAAGAGACACUAGGUGAUUCAUUUAAUUUGGCUCUGAAAAGAUUUCAUAACUUAGAAAAGAAAUUAAUGGCAAACCCAGAGCUAUUCAUGCAAUAUAAACAAUUCAUACAUGAAUUUUUAUCUCUUGGUCAUGGUCACUAUGUCGACAUUGAGAUGUAUGACAUCAAUAAACAGGCAGCUUACUACAUGCCUCACCAUGCAAUAAUUAAGCCAGAGAGUAAAACAACAAAAGUACGCUCGGUGUUUGAUGCGAGCAUGAAAACAAACAAGAAAGUAUCAUUGAAUGACUUACAGUUGAAUGGUCCUGUGGUUCAGAGAGAUCUAUUUGAUAUUAUGCUGUUGUUCAGAUUAGGUAGGUAUACCAUUACCUCAGACAUCAAGCGCAUGUUCAGGAACAUCCUGGUAGAUCCAGCGUUCACAUCGCUGCAAAACAUUCUCUGGAGGGACGAUCCCAGUCAACCAAUAAAAUGCAUUAGACUAGAUAGGGUAACCUAUGGUCUCAAGAGUUCGAGUUAUUUAGCUACUAGAUGUUUAAUAGAACUAGCUAACAGGUAUGAGAAUGAAUAUCCCUUAGCUGCAUUCAUACUAAGGAACAACACUUAUGUCGACGACGUGUUGUAUUCUCACAAUGAUUUAGCCACAGUACGUGAAGCUAAACAACAAUUAUGCUCGUUAUUGAGUUUAGGCAGUUUUAACACUCAUAAGUGGUCCUCCAACAACGAGUUGGUUUUGUCAGAUAUACCAUUGGAGGAUCAACACUUUGACAGUAUUGAUUUGCAAAAAGACAACUACAAUAUGAAAACCCUAGGUCUUCAGAUUAAUACUAAAGAGGAUAAUUUUAUCAUAACUUCACCAGGAACGUUCGAUACAAAUCUACUCACAAAAAGAAGCAUACUUAGUUAUAUAGGUAGGUGCUACGAUCCGAUCGGUUUCAUAAAUCCGAUAAUAGUAGUAGCAAAAUCAAUAAUGCAGAAGUUAUGGAUCAACAACACAGAUUGGAAUUCAUGCCCUCCAACUGAUGUAGAAAGGGAAUGGAUCCAAUUCACUGAAGACUUAAGAGUCAUGGAACCAAUUCAAAUCAAUAGAAAUGUAAGGUUUUCAGACGAAGACACAGUGGAGUUGAUCGGGUUUGCAGAUGCAUCCAGUUCCACGGCACACGGUUGUUGCAUCUAUCUGCGAGUAACCACCCCAACAGGUAAUACCACGUUACAUCUACUCUGUUCUAAGUCUAGAAUAAACCCUAUACAAAAAAAGGGGAUGACAGUGCCAAGGCUCGAAUUGAAUGCCGCACUAUUGUUAUCUAAAUUAAUGUCGAAAACAUACGACACAUUAAAAUUAAAAGUUAAUGUGAGCAAAGUUUACUUAUUUAGUGACUCACAGAUUGUCCUAGCAUGGCUCAAAAUGGAAUUAACGAAUUUACAAGCAUAUGUCGCAAACAGAGUAAAUGUAAUCCGUCAGCACACCGUCAGCUGGCAAUGGUUGUAUAUUACUACUGAUAAUAACCCAGCUGACCUCGUAAGCAGAGGCGUCAGGCCGCAUGAGCUGUCAAGUUGCGAGCAAUGGUGGCACGGCCCACGUUUCCUGAAUGACAGUGAGUAUAACUUUCCUAUUACUGAAACGAACACUUCAUCUGAUUUACCAGAAGUGAAGCACUGCUUAGUGCUCUCCAGCGACCACGGGUCUCACACAGGCCCGCUCGAGUAUGUGUUGGAGCGCUUAGUCAGCAAUUGUUCUGAUCUUAGAAAGAUGGUUAGACUCUUAGCAUACAUAUUGCGAUUUCUAAACAAUAUGAAUAAAAAUAAAACUAAAAUAAAUCACGACUAUUUGUCUAGUGCUGAAUUAAAUUCCGCUUUAAUGCUUAUAAUAAAGUACGAACAACAUAAAUAUUUCGAAACAGAGAUAGAUUCUUUGUGCAAAAAUUACAAUCUAAAAGGAAACUUGUCAAAUUUACAUCCUUUUGUAGAUAACGAAGGCCUCCUGCGCGUAGGUGGUAGACUUGACCAUGCUGAUAUAACUUACAACCAAAAACAUCCAGUUAUAUUACCAAGAGAAUCUCACAUUACUACACUGCUUAUUAGAAGUGAGCAUGAAAGACUACUGCACGCAGGUCCUAAGCUAUUAUUAUCUAGUUUAAAUCAAAGAUUUUGGAUUUGUAAUGGAUUAUCAGAAGUUAAAAAAAUAACUCACAAAUGUAUUACAUGUUUCAGACAAAAGGCUACAGUAGCCAAACAACUCAUGGGUUCAUUACCGGCUAGUAGAGUAACAUCUACCAAUAGAGCUUUCGUGCGAGUAGGUGUAGACUUCGCUGGACCUAUCGAUGUUAAAUUGUCACGCCGUCGCAGUAGUCGGGCGAGUGCCAGGCUAACCAGGCUUCGUGCUGCGGGCGGCCGGCUGCGCCGCGCGCCACCGCCGACCCCGGCCUCACGAGCUCCCUGCACCCGCGUCAUCGUCAGCUGA